UGAAGAGGAAAAGAGGAGAGGCGGGACAUGCAGGUGCACAGGUGUAUAAAUGCAGCUCAGGUGAGAGUGAGGCACCACAGCAGGACUGGGAGACUGAACACACACACACACACACACACAAACGCUAAAGGGAAACCUGAGAACAGCUUGUGAAGAUGAUUAAAGGACUUCUGUCAGUGCUCUUGGUCCUGGUGGUCGUGACUGCCACCAUGGGAAAGCCAGAGAAAACCAGUGAAAAGCCAGCAGUCAAGAAGGAGAAACGAAUCCCUCAGACUCUCUCCAGAGGAUGGGGAGAUCAACUGAUCUGGGCUCAGACCUAUGAGGAGGCGCUCUUCUUGGCUCGUUCACAAAACAAGCCCCUGAUGGUGAUCUUCCACUUGAGUGAAUGUCCACACAGCCAGGCCUUGAAGAAGUCUUUCGCUGAGGACCAACAGAUCCAGAAAAUAGCGGACGAGGACUUCAUCCUUCUGAACCUGGUGUAUGAAACCACAGAUAAGCACCUGUCUCCUGACGGUCAGUACGUUCCCAGAAUCAUCUUUGUCGAUCCCUCAAUGACCGUACGUGCGGACAUCACUGGACGUUACUCCAACCGCAUGUACGCUUAUGAGCCCAAUGACACGAAACUCUUGUUGAACAACAUGCUCAGAGCCAAGAAGCUCCUGAAAACAGAGCUGUAAAAUACCACCUCAUGAUGUCUUCCAUCCUGGAGUGGAUUUUCUCCCCCAAUUAGAAUUUAUGCUUCUUAAUCUGUUAUAAUACUGUACAAAAACCGCACUGGAAAUCUUCGAAGUCAUUUUUUGGAUGUAUUUUGUUUUGAGAUUCUGUUACCGUCAGCCUUGCAGACCGACUUUUCAUCUAAUGUACCGCAUCAGGGAUGCAUAUGUUUUGGAUAAAUAAAGAUAAAAUCUGUUAAA